GGCGAGAUUGGAUGGAUGUGCGGGAUUCGUGGAUCCACACAAUUCGGAUCAUUUUAAAUAUCGCGGCAAGAAAAAAUGCCUCUUGGAGCAGGAUGAACCCGCACGAAGUGGAUUUAAAAAAUCUCUUAUGGAAAAUCAUAUUAAUCCUGCUUAUGAACAGGCUUUGAAGAAGAUUCGGCCAUUUUACGAGAUUUCGUGCGAUCGCUUUAACAGUGAGCGAUUAGUUGAAGAUGAGGAAGACAAUGAAUUAAAUAAUGAUAUUAUGGGUCUUCCAACAAACAUCGAAAACAAUAACAACAAGAAGCACGAGGAUUGCACAGAAAAUCAGAACAGCAUUGGGUAUACUAUAGGUUAUACCAUUGGAUAUACUAUCGGUUGUGCAAAAAAGCCGGAUCUUUCUUCAAGGCAGUUUGGAAGGCAGUCAAGAGAUCAGCACAGAAAGUAUGGAGAAACAUGAAGAACGGAGAAACUGAUUACGUUCAGUUUGAAUAAGGAUCUCUUCCUCCAUCACUGCAUCAAGUAUCCAUCUGCUUGAUUUGAUCCGAAUUCGUCUCGGGUAAGUGUUUAAUCAGAAUAUUUUUGUAUUUUACACUUAACACUUACAAGAUUCUCU